UCUGAGGAAGCACAUAAAACAAAAUGGAUAAAGAAAAUGAAAUUAUUGAAGAUUUUAAUCAUAAAAACGAACAUUUAUUACAUACGUGUGUUGUUUGUGAAAAAAGAGGAAAGGUGAUAGACAAUGUUGAAGAAAAUAUGGAUGAAGAAGUUGUAAAGAGUGAAUUUAGAGCGCGAAUAACAAGUAGGAAUGCGAAUACUUUGUUUUUGCUCUUGAGGACUGUAAAGUUUGAUGUUUUGAGGAGUUUUGUGGUCUUAGUGUUGUUAUGUAGUUGUGUUUGUGCGUUGAAGGAACAGAAGUUUGCCAUAGAACCACAAGAUCAGAGUGCAGUAGUAGGAUCAAGGGUGACGCUGCCGUGUCGAGUGAUCAGCAAGGCUGGCCAGCUGCAGUGGACGAAGGAUGACUUCGGUCUGGGCACGCACCGUCAUCUGAUUGGCUACGACAGAUACAAGAUGAUAGGGAGCGAUGAUGAAGGUGACUAUUCGUUGGACAUCAGAGAAGUGACUUUAGAUGAUGAUGCUUUAUACCAGUGUCAAGUCAGCUCGGGGCCUAAAGGCGAACCAGCGAUCCGCUCAAGAUACGCCCGGCUGAUAGUUCUGAUGCCGCCAGAACCUCCUAAAAUUCUCCAGGGUUCUGUCCUGAACACAUUAGAAGAAAUGGAAGUGGAUAUUGAGUGUGUGUCUGUUGGUGGAAAGCCUGCUGCCGAGAUAACCUGGGUGGAUUAUGAAGGUGGGGUCAUCACUCAAGGAGUCACAUACACGGUUGAGCCGAUGUCGGAUGCAAAGAGAUUCACAGCUAGAUCCAUUCUUCACCUGCGUCUCCAAAGGCAUCAUCAUAACCAAACAUUGACCUGUCAAGCACAGAACACUGCAGACAGGGCGUACAGAUCUGCUACGAUUAAGAUUCAGGUACAAUACGCGCCAAAAGUCAGGGUGUUUGUUAAGUCAGCAAUACGUGGACGUAUAAUUCAAGAAGGCGACACGGUAGUGUUAGGUUGCCAAGCAAAUGCUAACCCUAGCAACAUUACUUACAAGUGGUACGUCAACAACGAUAGGCUAAUUGGCGAGGAUGGCAACGAGCUGAUAAUCACGAAUGUGUCUCGGCGAUACAACGAGGCGACGGUGAAAUGCGAGGCACACAAUAUAGUUGGCAGUAGUUCCAAUACCAAGAAUCUGGAGGUUGCAUAUGGACCAGUAUUCAAAACCCGACCACAAGAUGUAGAAGGAGAAGCCGGGUCAACAGCAACCCUGACGUGCGUGGUCGAUGGCCAUCCGCCCCCAAAAGUACUGUGGCUUCGAUACGAAAAUGAACGGGUCAUAAGGGUGGGGAAAUCAUCGAACCUGACAGUGACGAUCACAGACAAAACCGCAGGACAGUACUGGUGCAGGGCCAGCAUUGACAACUACCAAGAUAUAGAAGCGGCCGCUGUAGUUUAUGUGCGAAAUGCACCGAAAAUAAUAUCAAACGGUACUCAGUAUGGCGUAGAAGGAGACAGCGUAAGAGUUGAAUGUAUAUCAUUUUCUAUUCCUAAACCUGAUUAUAUCAUUUGGACAUACGCUGGAGGAGAGAUCAAUACAUUUCAUAAUCAAGACUACGCGUUUUUAGAAGAAACUUUAGCGGACCGAUUGACGAAAUCUACGUUAAUUAUAAGAAAGAGUGAAGCGAGACAUUUUGGGAAAUACAACUGCACAGUAGCAAACUCUUAUGGAAUGGAUAGUAUUGAAAUUAAUUUAGUCGCAAACAAAUCCCUGCCACUCGUUCUAAUAAUAUCAGCCAGUGCUUCAGUUUUAACUUUGGUUCUAAUAAUUAUGUUGAUAAUAAUGCUGUGUCAUCGAAAAUCGAACAAAGACGACGAGAAGAAACCAGACUUAACUGACAUUGGGAAAACUUGUGUAGACAAUUAUAAGGAUAGCGAUAGAAGUUCUAAUAUAAGUGAUUUGAAGCUGGAAUUGAGGCAGGUUGAAGGCAGCUGUGAUAUGGACAACUCAAACGCAGGCUCUGAAACGGAUCUUCAUCCAACCCUUCAUCUGACAUCUAACCUCGGACUGCCACUGGCUGGACCCGUUCCCCUUCCAGAGUCAGGGUACGACAACGAGCUGAUGAAGCAAUACCAGAGAUACAGUGGUGAUUUCAAUCAGCCAAUCAACAACAUUCAUUUUAAGGCUCAUUCUCAAAGCAACGGUUACGUGCCCUACGUAGACUACUCCAGGGAUUAUGCCCCCCCACUGCCUUGUGACUCGCUCACUGGUUCAUUAUCGAGGAGUACCGAUGGGUCUUUAUAUAACCAGGGUUGCAUGAGUCGACAAGCCAGUUGUGGACGGCUGGCGGGCGUCAUUGGACCAGAUGUGAUACCGCUGGCGAAUACCACUGGUGUUAUGAUCCCUGGAGGCGUGGAUGUAAGAUAUGCUGCGACAUAUGGAAACCCCUACUUGAGAGGAAGCGGUCCUAUAACUUACGUUCAACAAGUGAACGGCAAUCAGCCAGCGAAGCCGCCGCCCUACUACGCCCGGAACCCUAACUCUGUUACAACAUCAACGAAUUCUCCGUCCUCAUCAUCAUCAUCACGGCCUGUCACCAGUCCCAUAGCUUCAUCGUCUUCAACUAGUGGUGCACAACCUCAAGUGCCUAAAAUAUCUUCGCAGUCCUCAUCACUGUACAUCCUGCCUCCGAGCAGUCGGAGCAGUACCAGUUUGCAGUUGACACAAAUUACUGCUAAGGGUAAUGGAAAUCAAAUGAAAAAUGGCACCCACGUAUAAGGUCCCUACUAGCUAAUUUAUAAUUGGUCUGAAAUCUCUUCACGACAACCCACGUAGGUUACAUCAAAUGGAAAUAAUUUUAUUACUUGUGUGAAUUCGCUUCGGUUAUAAUUAUAUUUAAUAUAAUACAUUCUAUUGUAAGGAUUCUAUGGAAUUUG